AUUUCGCAAUUCCAGACUUCCAGUUUUGUUUUGUCUCAUACUUCUGCCGUUUUCUUUGCAUGAGUUUAUGGUAUUUAUUUCGUAAAUUAAAUAUCUGCUCAUAUUUUCGUUAGUAUAUAAUAAGUUAAAAAGCGAAAUGGGCAAACAACGGAAAACUAGGAAAAUUGUCGAGAAGAGAUUUGCUCAAAUGAAAAAGAUGAUCAGUCCAAGCGACAGUAGAAUCAAAGCUGCUGAAAGAGCUGAGCCAAGGAAAAAGAAGCCGGUAGAUCCACAUGAACUGAAGAUACGGGAGGUUCCACAAACGAGUUCUGCUCUAUUUUUCCAGUACAAUACUCAAUUAGGACCGCCCUAUCACAUACUCAUUGACACAAAUUUCAUUAACUUCUCUAUCAAAAAUAAACUAGACAUAAUGCAAAAUAUGAUGGAUUGUUUGUAUGCAAAAUGUAUACCAUACAUAACAGAUUGUGUGAUGGGAGAGUUGGAGAAAUUGGGUAGAAAAUAUCGUGUUGCAUUAAGAAUAAUAAAAGAUCCACGAUUUGAGAGGAUAGCGUGUCUUCAUAAAGGUACUUAUGCUGAUGAUUGUAUAGUUCAAAGGGUGACCCAACACAAGUGUUAUAUAGUAGCGACAAAUGACAAAGACUUGAAAAGAAGAAUUAGAAAGAUUCCUGGAGUGCCGAUCAUGUAUGUAGCUCAACACAAGUACACAAUUGAGAGAAUGCCAGAUGCAUAUGGUGCACCAAAGGGUGCAAUUUGAUGUAAAUAAAAGUUAGUUAUAAGUC